AUGGUCGAACUAAAUGAAGAGAAAAAGAUAGUUCCAAAACGUUCGAUUGACAAUGGCGAACCAUCUCUUUACCAAUAUACGGGACGUAUGCGUGAGCUCAUCGAAGCCUAUAAUGGUGUCAUACAAAUUCUAUUUCCCAAUCGGGCUUGGUAUAUAUUUCCCGGUUAUAUACAAUAUGCCGUCUAUAGACGUUAUAUGAAAUAUUUUAAGGAUAAAUUUCGUCUGGUACCACUGCCGAAUACGUUGUACGAACAUUUAAUAAAAGAUCAAUUUAUUAAAUCCGAACAUAUGGUGUUCGCCUCAGAAGAUGUUUUCGAAAUGUAUGCCGAAUCGAAAGAAGUGAAUUUUAUAAAUUUAACCGUCAGCUGUGGCAAACCAGAACCAGUUGAAGCCACCACACAAAAUGGACAAAAUGGUGCCUCGAAGGAAGAUAGUGAAUCUUUGGUUAAGAAGAUUUUGAAACCCUCACCCCACACAAUAAUGGUGCAGAUACUGCCGGUGAAACACUGUAAAAACAAUUGUUUAUUUGUACAGGAAAAUUUCUAUUCAAAUGUCAGGGACCGUUUUCAUUUUACCAAUAAACUUUGCGAUCGCCGACGCAUUUGGGCUAAAAUCCAACAUCUACAUGAUCAGCAAACAAUACCGCAUAUCGCGGUAAAGGCCCAUGUAUAUAUUAUCAACAAUCCCUAUGAACUGCCACCCGAAGUAUCGGAUUUCAUAUUAGGCUGCUAUUUUGAUACACCGCGUAUUUUACAUCGUGGCCACACCUAUCGCAUAGAGAUCACUUCCGAACUUAUUGGCACUGCCCAAUAUUCCCAUUAUUAUCUAAUAUUUGCCUAUAUGAAAUAUUUACACUUCCGCUGUGUAAAGCUGGAGGCAAGAUCUGAUGAUUUUGAAAUGCAUGCUGUGGUGGCGAAGGGUUUAACCAAUCUCAUUCAGGUUGCAAGUUCACCACAAUUUCUACCCAGACAGCUAUUGGAUGAUUUAGUUAUUGCGGAGGCAUAUCCCGCAGGCUUACAAAAUACCUAUGAAUGUUUGCGUUCAUCCAUUGAUGCGUUUUUGCCAAGAAAAUCUGCAUGCCUAUCGUCAGAACACAUAAAUCCCAUGUUUUUGCUGCAGGGUGAACGGGGUUGUGGUAAAACGAAAUUAGUUAAUGCUGUGGCCCGGGAUUUGGGUUUACACGUAUUUGGAGUGGAUUGUGCGGAAAUUGUAUCACAGGUUCCGACACACACGGAAAUGAAAUUGAAGGCCGUGUUUGCCAAGAGCCUGAUCAGUGAGCCUCUUUUGAUUUGUUUCCACAAUUUUGAGAUCUUUGGCAUCGACAACGAAGGCAACGAAGAUCUCCGCCUCUUGGCCACAUUUCAGGCCCAAACCCAAGAGUUAUUUGUCAAAAAUCGCAAAUAUCCCGUAAUAAUUAUUGCCCUGACCAAUGACAAAUACUUGAAACCGAUGAUACAUCGCAUGUUUCUGGAAUUGAUAAAAAUCGAAUCGCCCAGCAAAGAGGAACGUUAUGAAAUCCUGAAAUGGCUGCACAAACAGGAAAUUUACAAAAACAAAAUAUUCAAUUUUCGUGAUGUUAAAUCAAUACCCCUCUACCCAAUGGAAUUGCAGGAACAAUUCCUGCCAAAAUUAUAUCCAAAUUGGCAGAAAGCCAAAUCGGUGUUUCAAGAGGUCGCCGAUAAGACACAAGGUUUCCUGUUGGGAGAUUUAAAACAUUUACACGAUCAAGCCGUACGCUUACAUUGGAAAUCUAAUAAGGCCUUAAAACCGCUUACAUUUGAUUAUUUUGCGGAACAUCUGAAUGCCAUGCAGGCGUCAUUUGCCGACAGUCUGGGUGCUCCCAAGGUACCGAAGGUCUUGUGGUCGGAUAUUGGUGGCUUGGCUAAAUUGAAAGAUGAAAUUCAAUCCAGCAUCGGCUUGCCCCUGAAACAUGUCCACCUCAUGGGAAAGAAUCUCCGUAGAUCGGGUAUUUUAUUGUAUGGUCCUCCGGGUACAGGCAAGACCCUGGUGGCCAAAGCUGUGGCCACUGAGUGCAAUUUAAGCUUUCUUUCGGUACAAGGUCCAGAACUGCUCAACAUGUAUGUGGGCCAAAGUGAACAAAAUGUUAGAGAAGUUUUCUCAAGGGCCCGUUCCGCAGCUCCCUGUGUACUAUUUCUCGAUGAAUUGGAUUCAUUGGCUCCAAAUCGUGGGGUAGCUGGUGAUUCGGGUGGUGUUAUGGAUCGUGUUGUUUCCCAAUUACUGGCAGAAAUGGAUGGCAUGAGUAAUGACCCCACCAAACCAAUAUUUAUUUUGGCUGCCACAAAUCGUCCAGAUCUUAUAGAUCCAGCUUUGCUGCGUCCUGGCCGCUUUGAUAAAUUAUUCUAUGUGGGCCCCUGCAGUACCGCCGAAGAAAAGGCAUCCGUCCUCAAAGCACAAACGAAACGUUUCAAUUUGGCCCCGGAUUGUAAUUUAGAAGAAAUUGCUGGUAAACUUCGUGGAGAAAUGUCCGGUGCCGAUUUAUAUUCAAUAUGUUCAAAUGCUUGGCUUUCGGCCGUACGUAGAAUCAUAGAUCGUCACAUGAAAGAGGGACGUAGCAAUGAGGAGUUGGUGGCCGAAAAUGUUAUUGUGGAAACGGAAGACUUUACAAAGUCGUUCCGGAAAUUUAUACCAUCAAUAAGUCGGCAAGAUUUGGAGUACUUCAACAAGCUAAAGGCUUCGUAUAGUGUGUGA